UAGCUCUAAGCUGCCACACUUUAAAUAUUUUUCUAUCCUGGUCCCAUAGGUUAGAGGUUAAGCAGGUUCAGGCUAAUCUUGCUUUGACCCAGCGUCACACACACGGGCAGUGGGUGCAGCCCUCUUCCCAGGCGUGCUCUUGUGCAGGCUGUAGUGAAGCCCAUCCACACUAGAUGGCCCCAGGAGAAUGCAGAACUCCUUGGAAAGCACAACUGAAACCUGCUAUUUUGGAUUAAAAGAGAUCAAUAAAUUUGGUUACUCAAAAUCCCUUCUCAGAAACGCUUAGUUUUUCAAGAUGACUGAAAAGUAGUUGGCUCGUGUCUUAUGAGGGAAGCCAGAGAACAGCAUUGGAAGUUUGUAUUUAUACAAAACAGGUUGACUUCCAAGACACUCUUAUCAGAGAAACCCAUGGACUGGCCCCAGCUGUGUUGUUAUUUUCACUCCCAACGUGUAAGAACUGUGGGGAGGAGGAGUGAUUUCAGAGGAAAAAGGUGCCAUGCUUACGCUUCCAUGCUGUAACAUCCUGGGGAGCAGGUUUCACACUCACCCUGAGCAGAACACACCCUGCACAGCACUGUGGGCAGGGCUUGGGGGAGGAGGGACUGUGCAACGGGGCACUAAUGCAAAUCACAGCUGGGAGGUCUGGCCCUUGGUGUGGCUUUUGACCUUGAUAAAAGCCAUUAAAAUAUAGGAGACAGAGACAGACCCCAUUAAAUUAAAAAAAAAAAAAAAAAAAAGAAGAAGAAUUUGGCCUGGUUAAUUACUUGCAAGAGCUUGGCAAAAGAAGUGGUUUUGGCUCCAUCUUCAUAUUCCCAACCAAAUAAAUGUGUGUCAGAAUCCCCUCUGCUGGAGGAGGAAUGCCAGGAGUGGUGCUGGAGGUGGUUUUUAGCACUUGGACACAGGCUGAGAACCACACUACAUGUCUUCCUUAGGGUUGGGUCCCCAGCAGGAUUUAUUUCUGCGUCAAGGAAGAUUACAGCUGAUAGGAUUUGCUUCUUGGAGGCUGUUGGUGUGUUUGGUGCAAACCCCGCACAGUACUUUCUUAAAGGAGAAUAUGGACCUAGUCUGUCAUAUUUUUCUUCUUCUUCUGGCCUUCCACAAGAUAAACCCAUCUGUUUCAUCUUGCGUAACAGGAUGCUCUUGUUCUCAGGACGGCUUUGGAAGGAGUUUGCUCUGCAUGUCUGCACUGCUGAGGCAGAUCCCUGCAAACAUCCCUCAGGACAUCCGGAAAAUUAGAAUAGAAAAUUCUCACCUAACAGAAUUGCCUCGUGGGUCUUUUGAGAAUGUUAGUGCCUUGGAGUAUCUGUGGCUCAAUUUUAACAACAUCACAGUGAUGCACAUCAAGAGCCUGGAAUAUCUGCCAGCUCUGAAGGAGCUGCGCUUGCAAGGGAACAAAUUAAGUUCGGUGCCAUGGACAGCAUUUCAAGACACCCCGACUCUGAAAAUCCUGGAUCUGAAGCACAACCGGCUGGAUGUCCUUCCAGAACACGCGCUCCGCUAUCUGCCCAACCUGACCUACUUAGAUCUAUCCUCAAAUCAGCUUACCAUCAUAUCCAGGGAUGUCUUCUAUAACUGGCCCGUCUACCAGAGAAGCCAGAGGAUGGAGGGGCCGCUGGAAGCCAUUUCCAAUGCUGUCCUAGCCCUCCAUGACAACCCCUGGAUUUGUGACUGUCGCCUGCGGGGAUUUGUCCAGUUUAUCAAGUCCGUGGGCCCACCUAUUAUUCUGAUGAAUUCCUAUUUAACUUGCGCAGGCCCAAAAUUCAGGACAGGGAAGUUUUUUCAUGAAGUGGAGCUUAACAGCUGCAUGAAGCCCCUGACCUCAGCCCUUGACACCAACCUGACAGUCCCAGCAGGGUUAAACAUCACCCUGACCUGCUUUGUGCAAGCCAGCCCUUCCCCGGCUGUCUGGUGGACUUAUGCACUCAAACUUUUAAGGGCAUUUAAUGUGUCCACGGAGCCCGUCAGCGAGGACACCGUCCGCUCCGAGCUGCUGAUCCCGGCGGCGAGGCCAGCAGACGCAGGCAACUACACCUGCACGGCGGCGAAUUUCCUGGGCAACACCUCGGUGGCCAUCAACCUCCGCGUGGUGGCCCCGUGGGCUUCCACCACGCCCCGCGGCUGGGCGCCCGGCGGCCCCGCGGAGCCGGGCGCCCACGUGGAGGUGCGCAUCGCCAAGCAGACGGUGUACGGCAUCACCCUGGAGUGGUUCGCGGCGGCGGCGGCGGAGCCGGGGGAGACCUGGUACACGCUGCUGGUGGGCCGCUACGACGCCGCCCAGAAGGACACCAUCUACAUCGGGCCCGGCGUCAACACCUACUCGGUGACCGACCUGCUGCCCGCCACCAAGUACGAGGUGUGCGUGGCCGUGCGCAACCAGGCUCCCCGCAAGGGCCAGUGCGUGGUCUUCGUCACGGGCAGCGACGUCAGCCAGAUGGAGCAGCGCGAGAAGCUCAUCCACAUCGUGGUCAUCGUGUGCGCCAUGGUGCUGGCCGUGCCGGCCGGCAUGUACGCCUGCACGGCCGAGGCGCUGCCCGGCUGCCUGGCCCGCUGCCCCAGCGCCUGCCCGCGCCGCCGCCGCGGGAGCCCGGCGCACGCCGCGGGCAGCAAGGAGAGCACGCUGGACAGCCUGCCCGCCGGCAGCGAGGACGGGCUCUGCCGCCCCGACGGCGGCCGCGGCGCACGGCGGCCCCCGGAGCGCCAGGAGCCCGGCAAGGCCCGGCCGCCCCACAGGAACAGCGCCGACCUCUACUAGGCCAGCCCUGCCCGCCCUGAGGCCCGGCCGCUGCGGCGCCUCCCAGCCGCGGGCCGCAGCCGGUGCCGGUUCUGGAAGGGCUGCGAGGGCUCGGGUGCUUGCGCCAGGCUUGGGGAGCCCCGGGAAUGGAGGUGCCCGGGCUGUCCGGCCACGGGUGUGGCUGGAGCCGCGCCUCCGUAGCCCCGGGCUGUCCUUUCAGCACUGUCGUGGCGCAACGCACACCGACACACCGGGAAAACCAACACUGACAGAAAAACAAUCCCCGAACCAACAGUCGUGCUUGUGGCCAAAGGCCAGAAGUGUCCCCUCACUCACCCACACAGGUGUGUGUUUAUUUCUGUCCAGCGCCAGGUGCCGGCUUCUCCUGUGUGCCAGUCCUGGGAACAGACAGGGGAGCUGGGCACGGCCGUGCUCACAGCCCAGCAACAACAAAUGGUGGGGACGAUUGGGUCAACGUGAUGAAGAGAUUUUAUUUGAGUUGGAGAAAAAAAUAUUUUGACAAGAGGUGUUGGUUUUGGUUUUGGGGGUGGUUUGUGUUUUUUGUUUUUUUGUUCCUUACUCCUCCUUAAGGUUUACGCAGCCCUAAGAGAUUCACAGCCUUGGUUGUACCACAAACAGGAAAAGUGCAAGUGCUUGAAGCAGGCUGGUGGAACAAGUGGACAGGGACAGCAAAUAUAGUGGAGCAGGGGGUUGGGGGCUGAAGAUGGAAGCCAGGCACAUUCCCUAAAUGCAGACAGGUGCCUGCCUAUAUUGCUGUUCUGGAACCAAAGCUUGCCUCUUUGCUAGAGGCAAAAGAUGCAUGUAGUAAAAGUGACUGCUUCCCACUUGUGGAGCAGCUCAGUGCUGUGAUUCUCGGGGGUCUGAGGACAUGUGACUUAUUUUCUUUUCUUGACCUCAUGCUUUCCAGCACAACCAAAGCAUGUGGCCCAUAGACCCACAGCCCUUGUUGUAUGUGUUAUAGAUAGUUUCAAAAAGAAAAAUGUAGAGUAGACACCCCAGCUGUUUUGAGCUUCAUGCAGUGGUAGCUUGACUUUCUAAUUGUAUUUUGGUUUUUGGUGUGUGUUUUCCAUGCUGUCUCUCCUCAGGCCCUAUGAUUCCUCCCCCAGCACCUCCUUCUGCUAUCCUGUACUGCACAGCUUUUGAACAGAGCUCUGUUUUGUCACUGCUGACUCUCACUGUUAAUACUUCACAGGACUUCCUAGUCUUGUCUUUUAGUAUCAAAGCA